AUGAAGCGAACCACUAGCAAUAUCAGUCUUCCUAUCAAGAAAAGAGGAUGCUUUGGGCGACUCCGAAGAUCACCCAAUUUUAUCUUGUUCACAAUUUUUCUUGCACUCUUUGUGGAUAUGGCAACGUAUGGAAUCAUUGUACCGAUUCUCCCAUUUAUUGUGAAAGAAAAGACUCAUGGAGGAGCAACAGACGCAGGUUUACUGUUAGCAAUAUAUGCAAUUGGAGUCUUGCUGUCUUCACCUAUAUUUGGUGUCCUUGGUGAUCACUUCGUAUCACGUCGAACGCCUAUGCUGAUCGGUCUAGUUGGAAUGUUCUUGUCGACAAUCUUAUUUAUGGUGUCAACCAAUUUCUAUGUGUUCUUGGGAGCUCGACUUCUUCAAGGGGUUGCAGGAGGAUCUGUCUGGACCCUGGGAUUAGCGUUGAUCACUGAUGUAUUCCCCGCAGAAACACUGGGUCUCCAGAUGGGCAAAGUAUUGAUCGGUUACACUCUAGGUAUGAUGAUGGGACCACCUCUGGGUGGGUUUCUAUAUCAACAGGCGGGGUACCGAGCGCCCUUUCUGUUUUGUAGUUUGAUCACUCUAAUUGACUUCAUCUGCCGUGCCUUGAUUGUGGAGGAACGAGAAGAGAUUGUGAAGGCUCUUCGAGAACAAGGAAUGCAGGCUGAAGCAAAUGAGGAGGAAGCAGAGGUGGCAGCGCUCCGAAAACAAGAACGAAUGGAACAAAGGACCAGUUUCUGGAAGCUGAUCAAAGAGAAACGACUGCUAGGCUCUAUCAUUCUCACUGCCUGCACUGCGAGUGCAUUUGCGGGCGCAGAACCAACGCUCCCUUUAUACCUUGCCAGCAAUUUCGAUUUGACUUCAGAGCGUAUUGGACUAAUUUUUAUGGCUUUUUCUCUUCCAACACUUACGGCUCCUUUGGCAGGCGCAUUAUCGGAUAAAUUUGGCGCCAAGAUCAUCUGUGUGAUCUCACUGUUCCUAUGUACAGGCUCGAUUGUAUUAGGAGGCCUGGUCUUCAAGGGUUCUCUUGCAAUGGCGGUUGUCGUCUUCAUUGUUGUCGGCUUCACAGGAACAGCGGUUUUAACGCCAGUGCUUGGAGAACUAUCAGCUGUUGUGCGGAUGACAGGCGCAGGAGAUGGGUUCGCAAGAGCCUAUGCAAUGUUUAAUAUGGCAUUUUCGCUUGGUAUUAUAGUUGGUCCAGUUGCCUGUGGCAUGGUCUAUGAACAUUUUGGAUUCACGCCUUUAGCAUUGACCAUGGCUGGAUUUCUCGGCUCGGCCAUCCCAGUGGGGAUCAUCUGUUUAGGUGGAGCGGAGGAAAAGAGAAAGGAUAUAGCAAAGUACAAAGAGGAUCAAGAGAAAAGAAAUAACCAGCUACAUCAUAAUGUGAAAAGCUCCAGGUACAGCUUUGAGUUCACAAACAUGAAUGGAGAAGAAAAAAGAAUGGAGGAUGAACAAAGUCUGGAUAUCAAGCUAUCGCCAGGCGAGAAUGCAUUAAUUGGGAAGCAGUCAUUUGAAGAGAGAGGCAUUGGGGGUGGUGGUAGUGGGCUUAUCGGUAUGAGCCGAGGUGGUGGUACAAGAGAGGAGAUACUGAAAACAGCACGCAUGGAAUAG